UACUCAGCUUUUGUUCUACCGGAAACAACUCAGUUGCACACACAAAGUUCGCCACCGUUUCCUUGGUAACAACACUACGUUUGGCAUUUGUCAUACACGGUUUAUUCUCAACAACAUGGACAUACAGGAACGAAAUGUCCGAGGCUGUGGAGACAACAUCGUAGAAAUGAUUGACAUGGACGAAGAAAACUUUGCUAUUUCCACUUCUUCAGCUGCAGACGCCGCGUUUGAUACUGUGGUUGGCUCCAUAGAGGACAUCAUCAUGGAGGAGGAGUUUCAGCAGCUUCAGCAGAACUUCAUGGAGAAACACUACCUGGAGUUUGAGGACUCUGACGAGAACAAGCUCAGCUACACGUCCAUCUUCAAUGAAUAUGUCGACCUGCUGGAGAAACACCUGGAGCAGCAGCUGAUGGAGAGGAUCCCCACCUUCAGCAUGAACUCUUUCAUAGAGCUGCUUAUGCAACACAAAGAGGAGGUGCCAGGGGACAUCUUUGACAUGCUGCUGACCUUUACUGACUUCAUGGCCUUUAAGGAGAUGUUCCUGGAAUACAGAGCGGAGAAGGAGGGCCGAGGGCUGGACCUGAGUCAGGGACUAGUGGUCACAUCUCUGAUCCCUGCAGGAUCCACUGAGCCGCAGUGACACUCACAAAGUCAAACAUUUGAAUUGUGUCCAUCUCUGUUUAUUUAACAUUUUUUUCCAUGGGCCUUCAGAGCUUUGCACUUUAAUGAUCAGCUUCUGGAAACACUCCCCAUAAAUCUGCAGUCUGUGCACAAAGGACUCCUAACGGCCAAAUUGUAAAUGCAUUUCUCUGUGUUUUAUGUGGCGAAGGUAUGUGUGUUAAAGACGCUCUCUGCAGUUAAUGAGUGAGAUCUUUCUUUUUACCGUCCAACCAACACUGGUCUGAGCAUAAUGACUAUCAGAAAUGAGUAAAUGUGUGUCCCUGGAAUCUACAGAUUACCGUAACAUUUUAUGUAGUUCUUUGCAAAUUCUCCCAGAUACUCUGGUGCUGCAUGAGACUAAAUGUGUGUUUUUCAUGUCUUCUCACUGGUUCUUAUGUGAAUUUAUCAGCAAACCCCCCCUGUAAGCAGAGGAAAACAUUUGUUUGAAUGAUAAACUUGGCUCUCUUUACCUGGUAUGGUAUUUUUUGUAAGAAAAUAAUAUAUGUUUUAUGAACUUUUAAAUUAUUCUGUCAGUUUGAAACUCAUUCAUUGAGCUUUGCGCCUGUGAAAGUCAGUCUUUAGAUAUUUAGUGACUGUGUGUCUGUGUGUGAGCAUGUGUGUGUGUCUGCAAUUAGAAAUAACAUGUAUAGUUUUGAUGUCAAAAGUAUUUUCUGCUGAUGUUUCAUUUGUUGGUAAAACCAUAUUUUAAAAUAAACAGUUACAUGUG